CUUGUAUGUAUCAGUAUAUUAAUAAAUCUGUUACUAUGAAGUUCUCUAUUGCGAUUUUAAGUUUUUUUCUGUGUUUUUUACACUACAAUUGCGUAAAAUACGUGGAUUUGUCUUAUUCUUUUAAUAAUAAUACAAAUUACUGGCCAACUUCAACUAACUUUAAAUUCAUUAAAAAAGUAGAGGGGCAUAGAGAUGAUAAUUCAUGGUAUGCAAUGUAUGAUUUUGCUGCAGGGGAGCAUGGGGGGACACAUUUAGAUGCCCCCUAUCAUUUCAAUGAGAAUGCAUGGAAGCUUGGUGAAAUACCAUUUAAUAGACUUAUUUCCCAAGGUGCAUUUCUGGACUUAUCUACCGUAGUCUCAGCAAGUCCAGAUCCAAAUUUCCAAGUCCAACCUUCUCAUCUCGAGCAGUGGGAAAAAAUUAAUGGACCAUUCAAAAAUGGAACAAUUUUGCUAAUAAAAUUCGGAUGGUCCAAAUUUUGGCCCAACAAAACCGACUACAUGGGGCUGCAAAAUGGGACACUUAAUUUUCCUGGUAUUUCAAAGGCAGCUGCUCAAUGGAUAACGAGUUCGAAAAAAUUCUACGGUGUUGGAGUUGAUACAGCCAGUGUAGAUCCUGGGAAUUCCACGGACUUUGCUGCCCAUAGGGAACUUUCCAAAGGUUACUUGUUCAACAUGGAAAUGGUCCAAAUAGUGGAAAAUCUACCUGCUCAAGGUUUUAAAUUAUUUGCUCUACCAAUGAAAAUUGAGUUUGGAACUGGAGGACCAUUAAGACUGGUAGCAGAAUUAGAUUGUAAUUGUUAAAUUUAAUUAUUUUUAUAAAAGUUUAUAGGUAAAUAAUAAAUGAUUUAAAUAUCCCAUUUGUUUUAAAAUGUUUGAUAAAAGCUUGAUAAAAUUAAAAUAACUUUUAAUUAAUUCAAAAUAUUUAAAUUUACG